UGCGAGGGGUGUUCCCUUCGCAAUUCCAGCUGACUUGAUCUCAGAAAGCAGACGGAAGUGGUGUCUUCGCGUUACACUGCCUUUGAAAUUGGACUGUCAUUCCCCAUACACAAACUGAUACCAAGGCAGGGAACACUGAGUUUGGGGUUUAAAAAUAAUAAUUAUUACAAUGUAUUUUUUAAAAAUGAGGGAUAGGUACCCGUAGCUCAAGGGGUUACCCCGUCCCCUUUCAGCCACACCACGUUCUCCUCCAAACCGUGAUUUUUGUUUUUGCCGAACUGUCAUGAGCUCAGUUUGGAGAUGGCAUCCUUUCAGAGUUACUGCAAGACUGUCGGGACAGAAGAGGAGGAGAACGGGGAACUGGACCAGUCUUUGCCGCAGAUGCUGAAGGCUAUCGCAGACGAGCGAAACCGCCUCAAUGUCAGGCAAGAAAUCAGUGGACUCGGGUGCUUCAAGGACGACCGGAUCGUGUUCUGGACCUGGAUGUUCUCCACCUACUUCAUGGAGAAGUGGGCCCCCCGGCAGGACGACAUGCUGUUCUACGUGCGCAGGAAGCUGUCCUACGUCAGCGCUGACAACACCGAGGGCAAGAAGGUGGAGGUGGAGGUGUACAGGAGGGACUCGAAGAAGCUGCCGGGCCUGGGGGACCCCGACAUAGACUGGGAGGAGAGCGUCUACCUGAACCUCAUUUUACAGAAGCUUGACUACGUGGUCACAUGUGCGGUCUGCACGCGCUCAGACGCAGGAGACAUCCACAUUCAUAAGAAGAAGUCCCAGCAAGUGUUCGCCUCCCCCAGUAAAAACCCCAUGGACAGCAAGGGCGAGGAGUCCAAGAUGAGCUACCCCAACAUCUUCUUCAUGAUCGACAACUUCGAGGAGGUCUUCAGUGAUAUGACGGUGGGGGAGGGGGAGAUGGUCUGUGUGGAACUGGUGGCCAGCGACAAGAGCACCACCUUCCAGGGGGUCAUCUUCCAGGGGUCCAUCCGCUACGAGGCCCUGAAGAAGGUCUACGACAACCGGGUAAGCGUGGCGGCAAAGAUGGCCCAGCGCAUGUCCUUCGGUUUCUACAAGUACAACAACAUGGAGUUUGUGCGCAUGAAGGGGCCCCAGGGGAAGGGCCACGCAGAAAUGGCGGUCAGCAGGGUGCCCACAGGAGACACCUCGCCCUGUAACACCGAGGAGGACCCCGACUCUCCUGUGCACAUGGCGGUGACCUCCUUCAGCACCCCGCCCACGCCGGAGAGGAACCGCCCCUCCUUCUUCUCCCCGUCGCUGCGCAGGAAGGUGCCGCGGAACCACAUGGCCGAGAUGAAGAAGUCCCACUCGGCCAACGACAGCGAGGAGUUCUUCAGGGAGGAGGACGGCGGAGACCUGCACAACGCCACUAACCUGCGCUCGCGCUCCCUGUCUGGGACGGGCCGCUCCCUGGUGGGCUCCUGGCUGAAGCUGAACCGCACGGAGGACUACUUCCUGCUGUACUCCCAUCUCACCUACGUCACACUGCCCCUGCACCGGAUCACCACGGACAUACUGGAAGUGAGACAAAGGCCCAUUCUGAUGACAUAGCAACGAGAUCCACUGCCUCAGAAACACUCUACCAAGUGCCUACUGCAUCGGGCCACCUACACAACACCACCACCUAGUGUCAAGGCAGAGAACCAAAAAAAAAAAGGAAAAAAAAGGAGAAAAAAAAAACGAGGAAAGAACAUAGCCAGAGAAAAAGGGACGUCUUCGGAAAGAAAAACCAGCCAAUCAAAAAGUGCCUCUUCCUUCCUUCCCACCUACUGCUCAGCGAGGAACAGCGGGCACGAGGCAGUUUCCCAGGUAACAGGUAACGGACUCUGGACGGCAGUUCUCUCCGAAACCCCCCACCCCCAGCCGCUCUUUAAAAAAAAUAAUAAUGAAUUAUUAUUUAUGGAGGUUUUUCCACUUGACGUGGGACUGACAGCACUGACAGGCUGAACUUUGACCCCACUUUUCCUGUAAAUAGCUCUCUGACGCCGAGCUGCCGCUCCUCCUCGGCAUCGAACAAAGACUCGCCCUUUCUCUCCGUACCUUGCAGUUUUUUAAAACAAAGGGAUGUACAGACUGUUCCUGCUGAUUUUUACCCUUGUAGGCGUGCGUUACAAGCGUUCCAGUGUUGGGGUGCGGGGGGGGGGUGGGGGUCAGGGGUCAGACUCGAGGGGGUCCAUGUGUGCUGUGGCCUUUCUGUGCUCCAAUAACGCGCCUUUCCGUGUGCCCCACCGGCAGCGCUGACGUCUAAAGGAACGGGUUGCUGUGUGUUAGUCGCGUUCACACUUACUGUAGGAGGGAUGUAGCUGUGCACUUAUUCACCGUGUUGCUGUAAAAAAAAAAAACUAACAAACCAACCGCCAAAUCGCCAGCGAGCGCCUCAACGCACCGUCCGUCGCCACGGCGUCCGUCGCCACGGCGUCCGUCUCCGCUCACCCAGGUUCCAGCUUACCGCGUCCUCUCGUCUUCUGAGCGUCUCCGGCCCGAGCUUCGCUGAGGACGCGCGCGCCGCGUCGCCUACGGUCAAAAACACGCCGCCAGAGCCCGCCGGCUUCCGCUGCGGCUGAUUGGCCGGUUCCUGCUGAUCAAACUGUGGACUUCCUGUGGAGCUCAGUGGCUCCAUCGCACCGUGAAUGUUAUUAUUGGUAAUAAUGGUAUUAUGCUGGUUGUAGUUUUAUUUUAUUUUAUUUUUUGUCUAAUGAGUAAACAGGCUCCAAAUGCAGAUUAUGGGACAUGCAACAUGCAAACAAACGCUAAGACCAGCCUACCCCAAAAAAACUCUCUGUAUUUAUUUGUUUGUAUAUAGAAAAAGGCAUCACUUGGCCUGGACUACCUUAGCACCUGUAUUACAACUCCUCCUCACCUGUGGAGCUUUCAGCCUUAUAGGGAAGUGAACAGGGAGGUCCUCCCCACCAGCUACUAGUUUCACCAGUCACUGGUGUCCCACCCUGACGCACGUACCUCCACCUCCAUCGCAGGUAUGUGCUGGUAUGCCGUAAUCCAGAGGGUUAAAUUCUGUGAAAAUGUCUCGUUUUUGGCAACGAUUACCGUCGAACACUGGAGGACGGGGGCAGAAUGGACAAUGUUUCCCAUGGCAACAGACCCCCCCCCCUCCUCUAAGCUUCCAAACCCCCCCCCCCCCCCCAGUUUAUUUAACGUAGCACCCCAUAAGAAAGGAUCAAAUCUUCAAAACUAUGAACAAGUCACCAUAGCACAGUUAAACACACAGCGGCACCCUGCAGCGCCAUCCACAGGUGGGUGGUGAUGAUGGCGCUCUUUUUUCUGGGCUGUGUCACACACCGUGCGGGCCUCUUUCCUCUCAAUACCCAAGCGAUCUCCUCCUCCCGCAGAGGGAUGCUGGGUAAUCUGCGGCUACGCUGUAAAUAAGGGCAUACUAAGACUAAGACUAGGCAGCUCUCGAGCAAAGCAAACAAGCAGUGCAGCGUUACCGUGUCUGUGAUGUAUUCCCAGCAGCACAACAGCGUUACGUCUGAAUCAGACCUGGGUCAAAUGCGUAUUUGUUUUGGAUUCAAAUACUUUUCUGUGCUCUAUUGAUCUUGCCUGGUGUAAUUGAGCCUGCCAAUAUGACCAGAAGGCGGGUGUUUGCACUUUUUGAGAGUAUUUCAUUGGUUCCAAUACACCAGACAAGAUCAGCAAAGGAGUAGAACAGUAUUUGACCCAGGUCUGGUCUGAAUUUAAGAGAUGUAGAAGCUGUUAUGACCGCUUUAACAACACCUUGGGCUCCCUCCUCCAGACGGACACCUGCGCAUCGUUUAAGAACCUCUUUUUAAACAUUUUCAGUCCUCGUUCCUUUUUUAUUACUGCUACUCCCAUGCGCAUACACAGAAGCCUGUGUUCAGAAUGGACUAGGAAGCCAUUUUGUUUUUCUCUUUGUAAAGGAGUCUGUUUUGUGGCGCGCAGACUCUUCCUCGCGCUUUAAGAGCCACUUUUUAUAUCGAGCAGAAGAAGAAAAGACGUCGUCGUCGGUGUGCAUGUUCAGUCCAUACUGUCCCUUUUCUGUACUUUAUGAAAAUACAGAUUACCAGAUAAAAACACUCAAUGCUUGUCUC